AUGUGUCCCGGUGUACCACAGUCCCCGUGUACCAGUCCCCGUGUACCCCACCCCACGGCCCCCACAGACCACAGUCCCCGUGUACCACAGUCCCCGUGUACCAGUCCCCGUGUGUCCCGGUGUACCACAGACCCCAUGUGUCCCCGUGUACCACAGUCCCCGUGUACCACAGUCCCCGUGUGGCCCCGUGUACCACAGUCCCCGUGUACCACAGUCCCCGUGUGUCUCCGUGUACCACACCCCACAGUCCCCGUGUACCAUAGACCCCAUGUGUCCCGGUGUACCACAGUCCCCGUGUGCCAGUCCCCGUGUACCCCACCCCACGGCCCCCACAGACCACAGUCCCCGUGUACCACAGUCCCCGUGUACCAGUCCCCGUGUGUCCCGGUGUACCACAGACCCCGUGUGUCCCCGUGUACCACAGUCCCCGUGUACCACCGUCCGUGUGUGUCCCCGUGUACCACAGACCCCGUGUGUCCCCGUGUACCAGUCCCCGUGUACCACAUACCCCGUGUGUCCCCGUGUACCAUAGACCCCAUGUGUCCCGGUGUACCACAGUCCCCGUGUACCCCACCCCACACCCCACGGCCCCCACAGACCACAGACCCCGUGUGUCCCCGUGUACCACAGACCCCGUGUACCACAGUCCCCGUGUACCCCACCCACCCCACACCCCACGGCCCCCACAGACCACAGGCCCCGGUUCCCACCACCGAGCGGCCGCUGAGUUUUCUCCGGAAUUUCCAGUUGGGCGACGGAAGUGAAUGGACGUCACGGCGCAUCCUCCUGACGUCGACCGAUCCGACGGCGCGAUGCUGCGUCACAAUCGCACCCGGACAACGGGCACUUCCGCCCGGACUCGACCCCUGA